AGUCUUUCCUAACAUUUUAUUUUGAAAGAUUUGAAGCCUUUAGAAAAAUUGUACCAUGAAUGCCUGCAUAUUCUUUUCCUAGAUUCAUGUUUGUUACUUUUGUUUUAUCUGUUUCUCUUCUUCUCUUUAUGCACACGUGUGCGCACACACACACACUCUUGAUUAGUUGAAUGGAGAGUAAGCUGCAGAAAACAUGGUACUUCACUCCAGUACUUCGUCAUAGAUCUAGAAUUGAGGUCAUUCUCAUAACCAUGAUACAAUUACCGCACUCAGUAAGUUUAACAAUGAUACAAUACUCUCAUCUCAUAUCCAGGCCUUCAUCAGAUUUCUCUCAUAUCUUAAUAAUGUCCUUUCUAGCAGCAGUCCCCAACCUUUUUGGCAGCAGGGACUGGUUUCAUGGAAGACAAUUUUUCCACGGUUGGGGGUGGGCAGGGCUCAGGCUGUGGUGCAGGGCUGGGCCAUGGCUAGGUGGGUUGGGGACCGCAGCUGGAUAGCUCCCCCCCAACCCCGAUCUGAAAUUGCAUCAGGGACCACACAGUGUAUUUAGUUGUCAUAUCUCUUUAGUCUCCUUUAAUAUAGAAGAAUUCACAAGCCCUUCUGUUUAUUUUUUGAGAUGUUGACAUUUUUGAAGAGUCCAGGCCAAUUGCCUGGCAGAUUUGAACUUAUUUAUUUCCUCAGGAUUAGAUUGGUGGGAAUACGCCCUGAGUGAUGCUGUGACCUUCUCAGAGCAUCAUCCAUCAGGAAGCACAUGAUGUGGCUAUCAUUGGUGACAUUAAGUUCGAUUACUUGAUUAAGGUGGUAUCUGCCAGAUUUCUCCAUUGUAAAGGUAUCUUUUGCCCCUCCCCACCUUUUACUCCCAAGUGCAAGUAGUUUAUUUGGAGGUGACCCCAGGACAACUGGUAGAGGAGAGGGAAAGCGCGACAGGAAAGGACAGGCAGUCAACAAAGUGCGACUUACCCAGCCAGUUACCAUGGUUAGGCAGCCAAACCUAAUUCCCCUGGGGAACUUUGGAGCCAGUGUGGAGCUCAUGGCUUGGUGAUACCCCAGAGAAAGGGUAAGAAAUCUGGAGUGUUUAAAUGUCAGCUCCUGUCAGUCCGUUUGUGAAGGCUGCUCCUAGGGGACAUUAGUUCUCUGGCACUUCUGGCUUGCCAUGAACAGGUGCAAAAUAGGCUCUGAAUAGCAAAGAAGGCUCUCAGGGAGAGAGAUCAGAUGCUGGCACUUGGAAGUCAGGCCAGGGUGCGCUAUUGUGGUGACAGCUGAUGGGGUAACUGGCAGGGCAGCUGUAGUGUCUGCUGUACCUGGUACCCCAGAACCUAGAGCUUGAGGCAAAAUGUGCUAUUAUUUUUUCAGGAAGUGCAAUUUCGGAAGCAGAGGUGAGGGAAUGGGAGUGAGGGGAGAAGGAAGGUUAAGUCUUAAGGUUAAGAAGGAAGUUCAAGGGUGUACUUCCAAGUUGGCCACCCCUGGUGUAAGUAUAGUUGAUCGCUUGAUCUCCUAAAGCUGUCUCCCGGGAGGACGUGUGAAGUACUGCGUUCCAGGACAGCCCAUCCAAGGGAAGGAAGGAGCAGGACUCACCCCUCAGCUUCUGCAUCUCACUGGAAAAAGUGCCCUUUCUGAUUAAGUUGGAGCUAUGUACAUAACAAGUUCUCUUCAGUGUACGAUGACCAGAAGUGAUUAUGUGUCACUUUCAGGUUAAGGCAGCUGUGAACUGGUGGGACUCUUCCAACUCCACCCCUGCAGCGAUGACCUUGGAGGCCACAUGUGCUACGUGACACAGCUACAAGAGCCUGACGGUAAUUUCGUUUUCCCUCGGGAGGCUGCGCAGACUCUGGGGUGCGCCUGCGUUUUCACCGCUGCCCGCCACACGAUAUCAGAGGUCAAGCAGAACCGACAUGUCUGGGGCUGAGCAAGCGAGCUUCGCAGGCGGCGACCGCCAUCCUGUCGGCGGCAACCCUGUGUUAUGCUUUGGACAGCGCCAGUACACGGCGGAGGAGUACCGCGCCAUUCAGAGCGCGCUGCGGCGGCGGCUGGGCCCCGAGUUCGUCAGCAGCCGCGUGGCCGCGGGCGGCCAGCAGGUGUGUUACAUUGAGGGUCACAGGGUAAUUAGUCUGGCGAACGAGAUGUUUGGUUACAAUGGCUGGGCACACUCGGUCACACAGCAGAACGUGGAUUUCGUCGACCUCAACAACGGCAGGUUCUACGUGGGAGUGUGCGCGUUCGUGCGGGUGCAGCUGAAGGAUGGUUCAUAUCAUGAAGACGUGGGUUAUGGCGUCAGUGAGGGCCUCAAGUCCAAGGCCCUGUCUUUGGAGAAGGCGAGGAAGGAGGCGGUGACCGACGGGCUGAAGCGGGCCCUCAGGAGUUUUGGGAAUGCACUUGGAAAUUGUAUCCUGGACAAAGACUAUCUGAGGUCACUGAAUAAGCUUCCACGCCAGUUGCCUCUGGAAGUGGAUUUAACUAAAGCAAAGAGACAAGAUUUUGAACCUUUUGUGGAACAGGCAAGAUACAACAGCUGCCGACCAAAUAUGGCGCUGGGACACCCCAAACCACAGGAAGUGACCUCCCCUUGCAAACCUCGCCUCCCAGAUGAUGCCCACAUUGUCAUACAGGAAGAAAAGGAUUGUGGUCCCCGACACCUGACCUCGGCCACUGUGGAGAAUGAUGCCACUUACCAGCGGAAACUCCGGCAGAAGCAGAUGCAGCAACAGUUCCGGGAGCAAAUGGAGAGGCAGCAGCAAGUUGAACUAUCUCCCCCAUCAGUUGAAAAGAAGAGUGAGGCUGUCCUUCCGGCCCCUCCUUUGACGCACAGCAUUGCCGUACCUGCUGUUUCAGAACCAGUCACUGAGAAAGACUGUCUUGCAGAGAAUCUUGAAGAUAAUCUUGAAAUGUGGGAUCUGACUCCAGAUGGAUUGGACAGUGCUAUCAAGCCCUCGUGUGGACCAGAACCACCCCAGACAUCUGAGACACUAGCACUGAACAACCAGACGGUGACCUGGAACAGGACCCCACACCACCUUUGCCACCAGAAACCACAAGCAAAAUCUGGACCCUGGCAACCCCAAACUUACAGCACUAACCAGCAUGUAACAGGUAACUGGGAAUCUCUUAAGAAGAGCCAGGACAUGAAGAAAAGGAAAUUGGAUCCAUCUUAAUUGAGGCUCAGCCUACAUCAUCGGACUCUUGUCACAAAGGGACUUUGGAAAACUACUUUUUGGUCAUGAUAUUGGUCAUCAUUCCUGGGGAAUGAACUUAAUUUCUAAGGAUUUACUUUGCUUCAUUCUGAACCUUAUCAGAGGAUUUGACUAUGAGUGAGUCUACUGUAGCUAGAGCUGAGCACCUUCAAGAAGCUUGUCACACUGCAGGGGGAGGUGCUGGACAGAUGAAAUACCUUUUCUUUGGCUCUUGUGGCUUUCCACGAUUUAUUUCUAAGCUAUUAUGUUAAUAAAGAUAGACAUUUUGGGAAUCACCACUGGCUGCCUGCCAUCAAGCAGGAGAGGCCAGACUUGAUACUAAGCACGAGCUUUAACAAUUGCCUACAUUAAAUUGUUUUGAGUAAUCUGUUUUCUUUCCUUUCAGGUCUCCACGCUUUUAAUGUGGUCCACAUAAGUACUGUCCAUCAUGACAGGAACAAGGUUGCAGUAGUGCUUUUUAGUACUUGUAUCCAUUGAGGCUACAGUCUUCAUCUAAUAUUUAAUAUAAUCUCUAAUUCAUGGGUUUACGACAUCAUAAUCCUACAUUAUUUCAAGACCAACAUUUUUUCCUAAACAAGGACAUAAUGAUCUAAGACCAAGGAAAAGGCAUUUUGAGAAAGCAAAUCCUCUACUUUUUAACAAAAUGGAAAUUACUGUACAGGCGGAGUAUCCCUUAUCUGAAAUGCAUGAGACCAGAGGUGUUUUGGAAUAUUUGCCUAUACAUAAUCAGCUAUGUGGGGGAUGGGACCCAAGUCUAAAUAUGAAAUUCAUUUAUGUUUCUAUAUAUCUUAUACACAUAGCCUGAAGGUGAGAUUUUAUACAGUAAUUUAAAUAAUUUUGUGCACAAAACAAAGUUUGUGCACAAGAUACAUUGCAGCUGGGGCUGCAUUUUUACCCUUGGGGCUGAAUAAACUGUUUUGUGUGCCUACUUUGUCUACAACCUGUCACGUGGGGUAAGGGGUGGAACCUCCCACUUGUGGCAUCAUGUGGUACUCAAAAAGUUUUGGAUUUGGGAGUAUUUGGAUUUUGGAUUAGGGAUGCUCAAAAACUGUAGCUGCUUUUAUUUCCCCAUUUCAGAUGUGAGAUGUAAUCCACCUUAACAGAAAUUGGUUUCUCGCAGUGUUUAGAUGUUUCAGAAUUCUUUCCCCCAAAUAAUGAGUUUGCCAUCUUUUUUAGCAUGCAUUUUUGGGCUGUGUGGUGCCUAAUUUUGAAGCAGUAACUUCUUAUUUUGGAACACAGACCCAUUUGUGGGAAGCUGUGACUGAGCUAAGGAACUCUUAAAGCAGCAGUUGACCAUUUCUAUUCCUUUGGAAGAUGAAGAGGUAGCAGCUUACCCUGACUUCCCUAUCCUCUAAAGGCUUUCACUUUACCCACUGUUGCAGAGAUUUGGUCAUAUCUUCAGCUUUUGACUUUGAUAUCCUUACCAUUUUCCUCAGGAAAAAACAUCACCUUUGUAUGCAGCAUAAUCUUAGUUCAGGGCAAUACUGUUGCUAAAAAAAAAAAAAAACUCCUGGGAAUUAGGGAUCCAGUUUUAAAUUGUACAUAACUCAAAAUAAUGCCAAUGAGAACGUGAAAAGGGAAUUUGCUGGAAAUGAAACCUCACAGCUCAACAAAAGCAAGUUUGGUUUAUUUGAAUGGUUUCAUUAAAUAAGUCUACAAAGGUAACAAACUGAAGCACAGGCGCAAUCUUACAAGAAGCGCAACACCCAGAGUUAGUGCAAAAUGUACAAUUAAUGGCUGCUGAGAAACCCCCAAAGUUUGAAUUCAGUUUAUUUGUUUUUUAAACAGUGUACAUUGUUAAAUAAUGUAAGGAAAACAUUUAUAAUUCAGAAAGAUUUUUUUUUAAUGUGGAAAAAGAUGCUCAGUGUACUAUUAACACAAAAAUAAUUUAAACAGUUCAGUAGCACUAGGUUCAUUCCUCUAGGCUUCAGUUAUUUAAUCCACAGGAGGGGAAAAAAUCAACAGUAAAUAAAACCAGUUCUUAGUUUUUGUGUAUGAGUGAAAAGAUCUCAAAAUUAUUAAACCAAAAUAACAAAACAA